CCGGAACUCCGAGCCCGUCUUGCCCCGGCCGGACCAGACAAGGCCACCAUGGACCUGGGGCUUGCAGGUCGGCGGGCGCUGGUCACGGGCGCGGGCAAAGGCAUCGGGCGCAGCACCGUGCUGGCGCUGACGGCGGCCGGGGCACACGUCGUGGCCGUGAGCCGGACCCAAGAGGACCUUGACAACCUGGUCCGCGAGUGUCCCGGCGUGGAGCCUGUGUGUGUGGACCUGGGAGACUGGGAGGCCACGGAAAAGGCCCUGAGCACUGUGGGACCAGUGGACCUGCUGGUGAACAAUGCUGCCGUGGCUCUGUUGCAGCCCUUCCUGGAAGUCACCAAGGAGGCCUGUGACCAGUCCUUCAGUGUGAAUCUUCGGGCUGUCAUCCAGGUGUCCCAGAUCGUGGCCAGGGGCAUGAUCGCUCGGGGAGUCCCGGGGGCCAUUGUGAACGUCUCCAGCCAGGCCUCCCAGCGUGCCCUGACCAACCAUAGUGUCUACUGUUCCACCAAGGGCGCUCUGGACAUGCUGACCAAGAUGAUGGCUCUAGAGCUUGGGCCCCACAAGAUCCGUGUGAACGCAGUCAACCCCACAGUAGUGAUGACCCCGAUGGGCCGGAUGAACUGGAGUGACCCCCAAAAGGCCAAGGCUAUGCUGGAUCGCAUCCCCCUCGGCAAGUUUGCUGAGGUGGAGAACGUGGUGGACGCCGUCCUCUUCCUGCUGAGCGACAGGAGCAGAAUGACCUCUGGCUCCACCCUGCCGGUGGAUGGGGGCUUCCUGGCUACCUGAGUCCUACCCCAACCCCAACAAUACUCUGCCCAGCUUUACGCUCAGAACACGGUGCCCUCCAGCCCUCCAAUAAACCUCUGCCCAGCCUG